CCACCCAUCCAUCUCUGAUCUUUCCCCCGCACACGAUCACACUCUCUACCAAGCUAAGCUCCCUUGCUUACACACCUCUCCCUUUCCUCAUCUUCUCUCUCUCGCCUGUCGCCACACCUGACCGCUAGGCUGCUACUGCUAGCUGGAGCAAUCUAUAUGUGAAGAGCGAGCGAGCACACACGCUCAAGGCCACCAGCUUGUUGAUCUCUGAGGCAGCGAGCAGCACCUGCCGAUCAUCUCUCCAUGUCGGGCGCGAGGCAUGACCACGCCGGCGCCGGCGGCCACCACCAGCACCACUUCUCCGGGGACUUCCAGUUCCACGACGAGCUGGCGUCGCUGUUCGCGCAGCAGCCCGACGCGCCGACGCCGAUGAUGCAGCAGCCGUGGUUCACGGACUACCUGCACGCGAGCGCGCCGACGCCGCUGGACUACGACGCGUUCGCGGGGGACGACUUCGACGUGCCGGCCGUGGACGAUGACGUGAAGAGGGAGCUCGUGGUGGACACUACCGGCGCUGCGGCCGGCAGCGGGGGCGGGACGACGACGGCGCCGCUCACGCCGAACAGCAUGUCGAUGUCGUCGACGUCGAGCGAGGCCUGCGGCGCCGGCGCCGGAGCGGGCGAGGAGUCGGCCGGGAAGUGCAAGAAGGAGGAGGGGGAGGAGAGCAAGGACGGAUCAGCGGCGGCCAAGGGAGAUGGGGAAGGCGAGGAGAAGAACAAGAAAGGGUCGGCGAAGGGCAAGGGCAAGGGCGAGAAGCGGCCGCGGCAGCCGCGGUUCGCGUUCAUGACCAAGAGCGAGGUCGACCACCUCGAGGACGGCUACCGGUGGCGCAAGUACGGCCAGAAAGCCGUCAAGAACAGCCCAUUCCCGAGGAGCUACUACCGGUGCACGACGCAGAAGUGCCCGGUGAAGAAGCGGGUGGAGCGGUCGUUCCAGGACGCGGCGGUGGUGAUCACCACGUACGAGGGCAAGCACACGCACCCCAUCCCGGCCACGCUGCGCGGGAGCUCCCACCUCCUCGCCGCGCACCACCACGCGAACCUCCACCACCAGCACUUCCGGAUCCCGGGUGUCGGCGCCGGCGGCCUCACCUUCAGGCCCGGCGCCUUCGACGCUCUCGGGCUCCUGCAGCCGCCGCCGCAGCAGCAGCAGGAGGGCCACCACCACGCCAUGCAGCAGCUGGUGAUGAGCGGCGCGGGCGCCGCCGCCGCCGGCUCCGGGUUGCAGCAGGCGAACGCCAUGUCAAGCCAUGCGCUGCCUGACCACCAGCAGCAUGGCCUUGCUGCCAUUGUCGGUACGGCUGGUACUACCGCUGCCACGGCCACCACCUCCGCUACAACAACUAGCGCUCCGCUCCGGAUGCAGCACUUCAUGGCGCAGGACUACGCUGGACUCUUGCAGGACAUGUUUCCAUCCUUCAUCCACAACGACGAUGGCGACAAUCACCACCACUGAUGACUGAGAGGUUCUCUCUUUUUUUUUUGAAGCCAUUGAUGAUGAUGACGAUGAUGAUCGAGAGGUACGUAGUAGUAGCCCGAUAGAGAUUUGGUUGCUGUUAACUUUGUGGUCCUUGUAUCAUUGUAUGGUCCUUUGAUAUGAUAUCUGAGGUAGCUAUAGCAGUAGCAUUAGCAGUAGGACGGGCUCCAGUACCAGAGGGUUUGUUAACUUUGUGGUUCUUGUAACAUGUACCUGAUUCUAAUGAGCCCAUCACGCGUUGCACUUAUCAAUUUGGGA